AUGCGCGCCUACUACGCGCCCCGGACCCCUCUGAACUUGGGCGAUGCGGGCGGGGAGCCCCUAGGGCUCCCGCAGCCCUUUGCCUCAGUCGUGGGGGCGUGCAGGUGGUUUGAGCACGUCAGUAUGCUGGUCAUCAUGCUGAACUGUGUGACACUCGGCAUGUUCCGGCCCUGUGAGGACGUAGAGUGCCGUUCAGAGCGCUGCAGCAUCCUGGAGGCCUUUGACGACUUCAUCUUCGCCUUCUUCGCGGUGGAGAUGGUUAUCAAGAUGGUGGCUCUGGGGCUGUUUGGGCAGAAGUGCUACCUGGGUGACACCUGGAACAGGCUGGACUUCUUCAUUGUCAUGGCUGGCAUGAUGGAGUAUUCUCUGGACGGACACAAUGUGAGCCUCUCUGCCAUCCGCACAGUGCGUGUGCUGCGCCCCCUCCGUGCCAUCAACCGGGUACCCAGCAUGCGCAUCCUGGUCACUCUGCUGCUAGACACACUGCCCAUGCUCGGGAACGUCCUUCUACUCUGCUUCUUUGUCUUCUUCAUCUUUGGUAUUGUUGGUGUCCAGCUCUGGGCUGGCCUGCUGCGGAACCGCUGCUUCCUGGACAGCACCUUUGUCAGGAACAACAAUCUGACCUUCCUGCGGCCAUACUAUCAGACGGAGGAAGGUGAGGAGAACCCCUUCAUCUGUUCCUCACGCCGUGACAAUGGCAUGCAGAAGUGUUCCCACAUCCCCAGCCGUCGUGAGCUACGAGUGCAGUGCACAUUGGGCUGGGAGGCUUACGGGCAGCCACAGGCUGAGGAUGGGGCCACUGGCCGCAAUGCCUGCAUCAACUGGAAUCAGUAUUACAAUGUGUGCCGCUCGGGAGACUUCAACCCCCACAACGGUGCCAUCAACUUUGACAACAUUGGCUAUGCCUGGAUCGCCAUCUUCCAGGUCAUAACGCUGGAGGGCUGGGUGGACAUCAUGUACUACGUCAUGGAUGCCCACUCGUUCUACAACUUUAUCUACUUCAUCCUCCUCAUCAUUGUGGGCUCCUUCUUCAUGAUCAACCUAUGCCUGGUGGUGAUAGCCACACAGUUCUCAGAAACAAAGCAGAGGGAAAACCAGUUGAUGCGUGAACAGCGGGCCCGCUACCUGUCCAAUGACAGCACUUUGGCCAGCUUCUCAGAGCCUGGCAGCUGCUACGAGGAGCUGCUCAAGUAUGUGGGCCACAUCUUCCGAAAAGUCAAGCGUCGUAGCCUGCGUCUCUGUGCCCGCUGGCAGAGCCGCUGGCGCAAAAAGGUGGACCCCAGCAACACUCUGCAUGGUCAGGGGCCUGGGCGGCGGCCAAGGCAGACAAGCAGGCAUGCAGCCUCUGUGCACCAUCUGGUCUACCAUCACCACCACCACCACCACCAUCACUACCACUUCAGCCAUGGUGGCCCACGCAGGCCCAGCCCCGAGCCAGGUGCUGGUGACACCAGGCUGGUCCGGGCCUGUGCACCACCCUCGCCACCAUCCCCAGGCCAUGGGCCACCCGACUCUGAGUCUGUGCACAGUAUUUACCAUGCUGACUGCCAUGUGGAAGGACCACAGGAAAGGGCCCGGGUGGCACACACUGCAGCUGCAGCUGCCAGCCUCAAACUGGCCUCAGGUUUGGGCACCAUGAACUACCCCACCAUCCUGCCUUCAGGAACAGUCAACAGCAAAGGUGGCACCAGCCCCCGACCCAAGGGGAUACAGGGUGCUGGAACCUCAGGGCCUGCAGCACACAGCCCCCUGAGCCUGGGCGGCCCUAGCCCUUAUGAGAAGAUUCAACAUGUGGUCGGGGAACAGGGACUGGGCCGAACCCCCAGCCACCUGUCAGGCCUGAGUGUGCCUUGCCCCCUGCCCAGCCCCCAGGCGGGCACACUGACCUGUGAGCUGAAGAGCUGCCCAUACUGUGCUAGAGCCUUGGAGGAUCCUGAGUUUGAAUUCAGUGGCUCAGAGAGUGGAGAUUCAGAUGUUCAUGGGGUCUAUGAGUUCACACAGGAUGUGCGGCACGGGGACCGCAGAGACCCCAUGCAGCCAUCCACUGAGGCUGACACAUCAGGCCAGGGCAGCGAGCGGCAGCGGCCACCUCGGCAAGCACCCUCAGGAGAGCAAGGUGGGCUGGGCCGCCUCUGGGCCUCCUUCAGUGGCAAGCUGCGUCGCAUCGUGGACAGCAAGUACUUCAACCGCGGUAUCAUGGCAGCCAUUCUGGUCAACACACUGAGCAUGGGUGUUGAGUAUCAUGAGCAGCCAGAUGAGCUGACCAAUGCGCUAGAGAUCAGCAACAUCGUGUUCACCAGCAUGUUUGCUUUGGAGAUGCUGCUGAAACUGCUGGCCUGCGGCCCACUGGGCUAUAUCCGGAACCCCUACAACAUCUUUGAUGGCAUUGUCGUUGUCAUCAGUGUCUGGGAGAUCGUGGGGCAGGCAGAUGGUGGCUUGUCGGUGCUGCGCACAUUCCGUCUACUGAGGGUGCUAAAGCUGGUGCGUUUCCUGCCAGCACUGCGACGGCAGUUGGUGGUGCUCAUGAGGACCAUGGACAAUGUUGCCACCUUCUGCAUGCUGCUCAUGCUCUUCAUCUUCAUCUUCAGCAUCCUGGGCAUGCACUUAUUUGGUUGCAAGUUCAGCCUGAAAACUGACUCAGGAGACACCGUCCCUGACAGGAAGAACUUCGACUCCCUGCUGUGGGCCAUCGUCACUGUGUUCCAGAUCCUGACACAGGAGGAUUGGAAUGUAGUCCUCUAUAAUGGCAUGGCCUCUACUUCCUCCUGGGCUGCUCUCUACUUUGUGGCCCUGAUGACCUUUGGGAACUAUGUGCUCUUCAACCUGCUGGUGGCCAUCCUCGUAGAGGGAUUUCAGGCGGAGGGUGACGCUAAUAGAUCUGACAUUGAUGAGGACAAGACAUCUGCCCACUUGGAGGAAGAUUUUGAUAAGCUCAGGACCACAGAGAUGAAGAUGUACUCACUGGCUGUGACCCCAAAUGGGCACCUGGAGGGCCAGGGCAGUCUGCCCCCUCCCCUCAUCACACACACAGCGGCCACACCCAUGCCUACCCCCAAGAGCUCCCCACACCUGGACACAGCUCAUGCUGUCCUGGACUUGAGGCGCAGCAGCAGCAGCUAUGUGAGCCCCCAGCUGGGAGACCAGAAGUCUCUGGCUAGCCUUCACAGCUCGCCUUGUGCACCCUGGGGCUCCAACAGUGCAGGGAGCAGCAGGCGGUCCAGCUGGAACAGCCUGGGCCGUGCACCCAGCCUCAAGCGCCGCAGUCAGUGUGGAGAACGAGAGUCGUUGCUGUCCGGUGAGGGCAAGGGCAGCACAGAUGAUGAGGCCGAGGAUGGCAGGCCAAGUGCAGGGACCCACCUAGAGACCUCAUCUGGGCCCCGAACCACCACCCCAUUGCGGCGAGCCGAGUCACUAAACCACCGCAGUACACUAGACUUGCGCCCCCCACGGCCUGCUGCCCUCCUGCCAACCAAAUUCCAUGACUGCAAUGGGCAGAUGGUGGUGCUGCCCAGCGAGUUCUUUCUGCGAAUUGACAGUCACAAGGAGGACACAGCCGAGUUUGAUGAUGACAUGGAGGAUAGCUGCUGCUUUCGCCUGCACAAGGUGCUAGAGCCCUAUGCGCCCCAGUGGUGCCGCAGUCACGAAUCCUGGGCCCUGUAUCUCUUCCCACCACAGAACAGGCUGCGUGUCUCCUGCCAGAAAGUCAUUGCACACAAGAUGUUCGACCACGUGGUCCUGGUCUUCAUCUUCCUCAACUGCAUCACCAUUGCCUUAGAGAGACCAGAUAUUGACCCUGGCAGCACAGAGCGGGCCUUCCUCAGCAUCUCCAACUACAUCUUCACAGCCAUCUUCGUGGUGGAGAUGAUGGUGAAGGUAGUGGCCCUGGGCCUGCUGUGGGGUGAGCACGCCUACCUGCAGAGCAGCUGGAAUGUGCUGGAUGGGCUGCUUGUCCUGGUGUCCCUGGUUGACAUCAUCGUGGCCAUGGCCUCAGCUGGUGGUGCCAAGAUCCUGGGUGUCCUGCGUGUUCUGCGCCUGCUGCGGACCCUGCGGCCACUGAGGGUCAUCAGCCGAGCUCCAGGCCUCAAGCUGGUGGUAGAAACUCUGAUAUCAUCGCUCAGGCCCAUUGGGAACAUCGUCCUCAUCUGCUGCGCCUUCUUCAUCAUCUUUGGCAUACUUGGCGUGCAGCUCUUCAAGGGCAAGUUCUACUACUGUGAGGGCGCAGAUACCAGGAACAUCACCACCAAGGCUGAGUGCCGUGCCGCCCACUACCGCUGGGUACGGCGCAAGUACAACUUCGACAACUUGGGUCAGGCGCUGAUGUCCCUGUUUGUGCUGUCGUCCAAGGAUGGCUGGGUAAACAUCAUGUAUGAUGGGCUGGACGCCGUUGGCAUUGACCAGCAGCCUGUGCAGAACCACAACCCCUGGAUGCUGCUGUACUUCAUCUCCUUCCUGCUCAUCGUCAGCUUCUUUGUGCUCAAUAUGUUCGUGGGCGUAGUGGUGGAGAACUUCCACAAGUGCCGGCAGCACCAGGAAGCCGAGGAGGCACGGCGGCGUGAGGAGAAGCGGCAGCGGCGCCUGGAAAGGAGGCGCAGGAGCACUUUCCCCAACCCAGAGGCCCAGCGCCGGCCCUACUAUGCAGACUAUUCGCACACGCGCCGCUCCAUCCACUCGCUCUGCACCAGCCACUACCUGGACCUCUUCAUCACCUUCAUCAUCUGCCUCAAUGUCAUCACCAUGUCCAUGGAGCACUACAACCAGCCCAAGUCACUGGAUGAGGCUCUCAAGUACUGCAACUACAUCUUUACCAUCGUCUUUGUCUUUGAGGCUGCACUGAAGCUAGUGGCCUUUGGGUUCCAGAGGUUCUUCAAGGACAGGUGGAACCAGCUGGACCUGGCCAUAGUCCUCCUGUCCAUCAUGGGCAUCGCACUAGAGGAAAUUGAGAUGAAUGCUGCCCUGCCCAUCAACCCCACCAUCAUCCGCAUCAUGCGCGUGCUUCGCAUUGCCCGUGUGUUGAAGCUCCUGAAGAUGGCCACAGGCAUGCGUGCCCUGUUGGACACUGUGGUUCAAGCCCUGCCUCAGGUAGGGAACCUUGGUCUUCUUUUCAUGCUCCUGUUUUUUAUCUAUGCUGCCCUGGGAGUGGAGCUGUUUGGAAGGCUAGAGUGCAGUGAGGACAAUCCCUGUGAGGGCCUCAGCAGGCAUGCCACCUUCACCAACUUCGGCAUGGCCUUCCUCACGCUAUUUCGAGUGUCAACUGGAGACAACUGGAAUGGGAUCAUGAAGGACACUCUGCGUGAGUGCUCCCGUGAGGACAAGCACUGCCUCAGCUACCUGCCAGCGCUCUCGCCUGUCUACUUUGUUACCUUUGUGCUGGUGGCCCAGUUUGUGCUGGUUAAUGUGGUGGUGGCUGUGCUCAUGAAGCACCUGGAGGAAAGCAACAAGGAGGCCCGAGAGGAUGCCGAGAUGGACGCUGAGAUCGAACUAGAGAUGGCGCAAGGGUCGGCUUCCCAGUCCCCUCCCGCAGCACAGGAAAGACCAGGCACCCAGCCAGACACCCCGAACCUCCUGGUUGUGCGCAAAGUGUCAGUGUCCAGGAUGCUAUCGCUGCCCAAUGACAGCUACAUGUUCCGGCCUGUGGCACCAGCUGCUGCCCCCCAACCUCACCCACUGCAGGAGGUGGAGAUGGAGACCUAUGCGGGCAAUGCCCCCUCGGGCCCAGUCACAUCUGAUCACUUGCCAUCCCUGGAGCCCUGUGCCUCCCUCCAGGUCCCAUCGACUGCAUCCUCCCCAGCCAGGGGCAGUGACUCCCUUCGUGCCCUGUCCCCACAGGGUACACCCCGCUCCCUGAGCCUCACUCGGAUACUCUGCAGACAGGAGGCCGUGCACACCGAGUCCCUGGAAGGGCAGGUUAAAGACCCUAGAGACAGCAUCCCAGACUACACAGAACCUGCCAAAAAUUCCCCUGUGAAGCAAGUGUCUCUGGGCUCCCUGCAGUCCCCUCCAUGCUCUCCAAGGCCCACCAGUGUCCGUACUCGCAAGCACACCUUUGGGCAGCACUGCAUCUCUAGCCACUCUCCCACUCUGGUUGGAGAUGAGGCUGAAGCAGCAGACCCAACAGACGAGGAGGUCAGCCACAUCACCAGCUCAGCCCACCCCUGGCCAGCUACUGAGUCCCACAGCCCGGAAGCCUCCCCUGCAGCCUCCCCUGUGGCCCAAGGAGCAGUGGGCAGUGGGCAGGACCCACACAGGUUCUGCAGUCUAGAUGCUCAGAGCUUCCUGGACAAGCCAGGUCGGGCAGAUGCACAAAGGUGGUCCUCAAUGGAACUGGACAUUGGGGACAGCCACCUAGAGUCUGGGGAGGUGAGGUGCCGGACCUCAGAGCUCGAGCCAGCUCUGGGGACACGAAGGAAGAAGAAGAUGAGCCCCCCCUGCAUCUCUGUUGAGCCUCCCACUGAGGAUGAGGGCUCCUCCCGUCCCCCUGCAGCAGAAGGCAGCAACACUACCCUGAGGCGCCGAACCCCAUCCUGUGAGGCUGUCCUCCACAGGGACUGCCUAGAGCCUGCAGAGGGCCCAGGCACUGGAGGGGACCCUAUAGCCAAGGGUGAGCGCUGGGCCCAGGCCUCCUGCCGGGCAGAACUCUUGACUGUCCCUAACUUUGCCUUUGAGCCUCUGGACAUGGGGGGCCCUGGUAGAGACUCUUUCUUGGACAGUGACCACAAUGUGACCCCCGAAAUGAGAGCUUCCUCCUCGGGGGCCAUAGUACCUCUAGUACACCAUGAAACUGAACUUCCUGUACCCUCUGGUGACCCCCCAGAGAAGGGGCGGGGACUGUACUUCACUGUGCCCCAGACCCCUUUGAAGAAACCAGGGUCUCCUCCAAUUACCCCUGCCCCAGAUGACAGUGCAGACAAGCCAGUGUAGAUCAGGCUGUGUGUACACAGGGCUUUGGCACUGGGGUUAGUGGCUCCUGGUAGGAUGGUAACCCCAGGUAAGGCCAUGAGUGGACCUUGGCUCAGGCCCCACUGAGGCAGAGGGGCCCAGGGGAGAUGUCAGCCCAGGAGAGGUGGCAAGUGUUCAGUCUCUGCACAGGAACAGCAUUGGGCCCCAUGAGCCUCCCUCGUGGUGAUUCAGGUUUGGGUUUUCCUGAGUUUUACCACCACCAUCUGAAGUCAUAACAGGACCAGGUCAAGCAGUCUCAGGAGGAGAGGCCGUGUCCUGGAAAGGACCAAAAAUUCCUCAUGGCCAGGAGGGUACCACAGGUCUGACCCAUGGAUUUCCAUAAGGAGCACACACGCUUGAGUCUCUGUGCCCUGAUAGGCAGACAUUCGGUCCCACAGCCACCACAACCAAUAUCACCUUUGCUCACAGUCUGAGUUCUUGUCCAUCAUUCAGCAUUUUUAGCUCCUACACCACCCGUGACCCCCAAUCCAUCUGCUUAGGUGUUCAGAAACUUCCCAGUGAUGCUGGGAAGGACCACAUCACCAAGGAGUCCUGACCCACGCAAUAAGACAUCACAGUUCCAUUGUAAUGGGGCUUCCCCUCCAUCCCAAGCAGUUGACCUUGACAUUCAUUUGACAUCUGUUUGGUUUGUUUCAUCUGUUUUAUAAAUUCAGGUUAAAUGUCGCAAUAAUCCGAUGCAGAAAACUUGGCUUCUUAAGUCAAGGAAAAGGGGAGGGAUGGGGCAGAGCAAAGCUGAAUAAAUACUAACUUAUUUAAGAAA